AUGCCGCCCCGGGUCCUCUCCAAAUACUACCCCUGCACCUUCGAUAGCGUCCUGACCAGGUGCAUCACGGCCUGGUACGGGAAGUGCUCCGUCCACUAUCGCAAGGCCCGCCAGCGGGUGGCGAAGAAGGCCCAGUACAUCACUGGGAUUGUGCCCCCACCCAUCCUGGACAUUAACUCAAAAUGGUGCCUGAGGAAGUCCUGUAGCAUCAUCAAGGACACCACACACCCCAGCCACGAGAUGUUCACUCACUUACUGUUGAGCAUGAGAAACUUGGCCAUUGGCAUAGGUAUCCAGAAUUACCCAGAGGGCCUUGCGGUGAGCCUUCCUCUGCGAGGUGCAGGGAUGUCCACAUGGAAAGCCUUCUGGUAUGGACAGCUCAGUGGUAUGGUAGAACCAAUCGCUGGGUUGCUAGGUGCCGUUGCCAUGGUGCUGGUGGAACCACUGUUGCCAUACGCCCUGGCCUUCGCUGCCGGGGCCAUGGUGUAUGUGGUGGUUGAUGACAUCAUCCCAGAGGCUCAACUCAGUGUCUUGAAGUGGGAACGGUACGUUGGCUUCCUGGACCUCCAUCCUGGGCUUUGUAGUGAUGAUGUCACUGGACGUUGGGCUGGGCUGAGGCUUCGCAUGGAACACCGCUGAUGUCACAGAAUGUUGUCACAGAAUAUGACAAUCACCAGACCUCGAAAGAAGAAAAGGGACCAAAUCUGCCUUUUCUCCAACUGCUUGCUUUUAUUUUAUUUUAUGAUAUGAUUUUUUUUUUAAAUGUUGGAAUUAUAACAUUUUGUGCAUUUCAUCCAACGAUCUGCAUAUCCGUCGAUUCUCAUUUUACACCCAGUCGGCUCAGGGAUUCAAACCAGCGACCUUUCAGUUCCUGGCCCGACAUUUUUAACUGCUAGGCUGCUGUCCCGUGUGCUCCAUCUCGGGCCUCUAGGUCACCAGGCUGCUGGUUAUGGCGAUACACCUGUCAUCAUCGUUAAGCGCACCUACCCGUCGUCAGACUCACCUGGACUCCGUUGCUUCCCUGAUUACCUUCCCUAUACAUGUCACUCCCUUUGGUUCCUUCCCCAGGCGCCAUUGUUUCCGUUUCAGUUUCAUGCCUGUGCAUUGUUCGUGUUUCUUGUUUUGUUUUGUGUUUCGUUUAUUGAUUAAGUCACUCCCUCCCUGAACUUGCUUCCCGACUCUCAGCGCACAUCGUCACAGCUGCUAGCCGCCCUGAUUCUCGAAGAACAUAACUUAUAAAUGCCUCAUGAGCUCAGUGCAAGCGUCGUACCCUAUCAGAACCCAGAAUAUAAUCUUGUUUUACUCCAAUGUUUGUGAACAAUUUAAAUGUAAACAAGCACUGCAUAGCCUCAAAACAUGGUUAAAACUAUUAUUUGGAUAUCAUGGAUGUUCAGUCUUUGCAUCCAUAGCUAUGUUUAUGAAUUUGAGAAGUGGUUCCAUUUCUCCAGCCUUAACCCUCAGCGUUUUACCAAAGCAGUGGUGGGGUUAGGGUUUUGUUAUUGUUUCAACUGCAGAUUGCCCCUUUAGGAUGCUCAACCAAAUAUUUUGUUUUUCUUCUGAAAAUGCAAAGAAUUAUGUUUGAUACUGGAUCCGAAUUAUAAAAUGUGACAAUACUUGAAGAUUGAUGUUUGUAUGACUGGUUUAGAUUGGAACUGAGACAGCCGUGUAUGAAAAGUUGAUAUUUUGUAUUGAAUGUAUCUUUAUGGAGUGUGUGCCAUGGGGUUACGCCUCUAAGGGCUUAUGCCAUUUUGGCUCCAGCUGUGUCGACCACUGCACAGUUGUACCUCAACACUGUGUUUUGAAGGCUAGUUAUGGUCACUGAAGGAAACACAGGGAUCUGUGUCUACAGACAUGUCACGAAUAACCAGCUGAAUGUGUUGGUUUGCCGGAUCUUUGCUCAGAUGAGGAUGUACUGUAAAAUAUUCAGAAAUGGCGCACACCCUGAUUCAUUCAGGAUAGCGUGAUGUUUUCA